CCCUUAACAAAGAUGGCGCCCGCGCCGCCCUCACCGCCGCCAUUUUGUGGGCGCCGCCUCGCCUCAGGCGCCAGCAUCCAAGAUGGCGCUGGCCAGCGUCCUCCGUUCGGAGCUGCCGGAAUUCUCCAAAUCUUUUCCCAAACCUUUUCCCAAAUCUUUUCCCAAAAGUUUUCCCGAGGAUUGCGAGGGGAUCCCCGAAAUCCUGCGGGAUCCCCCCGGCCCCCCGCGGGCUCUGGCGGCUCCGCCCUGGGGCGUUCAGGAGGAGCCGGAGGGGCCCGGCCUGGAGAUCCUUCACGGCACCACAACCUUGGCUUUUAAGACCCCCCACGGCGUGACGGUGGCCGUGGACUCGCGCGCCACGGCCGGCUCGUACAUCGCCUCGCAGUCGGUGCGCAAGGUGCUGCCCAUCAACCCGCGCAUCAUCGGCACCAUGGCCGGCGGCGCCGCCGACUGCAGCUUCUGGCAGCGCCUGGUGGCGCGGCAGUGCCGCGUGCAGGAGCUGCGCAACAAGGAGCCCGUCUCGGUGGCCGCCGCCUCCAAGCUGCUAGCCAACCUCGUCUACCAGUACAAGGGCAUGGGGCUGAGCCUGGGCACCAUGGUGUGCGGCUGGGACAAGCGCGGGCCCGCCCUGUACUACGUGGACAGCGAGGGGCAGCGCGUGGCCGGCUCGGCCUUCGCCGUGGGCUCGGGCUCGGCGUACGCCUACGGCGUGCUGGACCGGGGGCUGGCCGGCCCGGUGGCCAGCGAGGCGGCGGCGUGCGCGCUGGCCCGGCGCGCCAUCUACCAGGCGGCGCGGCGCGACGCGUACUCGGGCGGCGCCGUGCGCGUCUUCCACGUGGGAGCGGCCGGCUGGAGGGAGGUGUCCGAGGACAACGUGGCCCAGCUGCAGCAGCGCUACGGGGAGUGAAAA